UUCCAAGCCUUUUUCAUACCCUGUAUCUAUCUAUCUCUUCAUUGAUCUCAUAUCUCUUUCUGACUGGCUAGUCGACUAUAGGAUAUUGCUUCUCCUGAAUCUACCUGGAGAUAUACACUAACCAUGAGCUCCGAUGAAAAUGUUGGCCUGGCUGCAUCGAAGAAAGUCGACGAUAGCAUUGUGGAAAAGACAGGAACAUGUUCUCCAGUAUUGACUGGCUCGGUCGAGGUUGAUGAUCGAAUCAUCGUUUAUCUUCAUGGGAUUCGGUUUGCGAUGCUUGCUACCUUGAUAGGGAUCAUGGUAUUCAUAGUGAGCAUCGAAGGAAGCAUCGCCGCUACCUCACUCAUCACUAUCACCAGCGACCUUGGUGAUUUUGAACGAGUUAGUUGGAUUUUAUCAAGUUAUCAACUGGGAUUUGUUGCCCUCAUCGUCAUUGCUGCCAAACUGAGCGACCUCUUUGGUCGUAAGCCCAUCAUCGCUGGCUUAAUCGUCGUAUUCACCGCCUUCUCGGCGGGCUGUGCCUCUGUACACACUAUGACACAACUAAUCGUGAUGCGCGCAUUUCAAGGGCUGGGUGCUGGUGGCUGCUACACACUCACUUCCAUUCUUAUCGUCGAUUCUGCGCCGCCUGAAAAGUACGGCAAAUAUGUGUCUUUCGCGGGUAUGGCCAUUGCCAUGGGGGCGGUGCUGGGUCCCAUCUUUGGAGGUGCCAUUACCGAACACACGACUUGGCGAUGGAUAUUCUGGUUCAACGUACCCGUUGGCGGAUUUGCCCUAUUUCUUACGCUACUCGGCAUGCCAAGAGAUUUCCCUUACAACGAUCAGGGGCGCCGCCACCGAUCGAUUAACGAUAUCUAUACAACGAUUUGGACUAAAAUCGACUUUCCGGGAUCUAUGCUGCUUCUGGGUGCAGUAUUAUCUUUCACUGCUUGCUUUCAAGAGGCCGACUCUCGAUUUCCAUGGAAAUCCGCAUAUGUCAUCACGCUUCUGAUCACUUCGGUGGUGCUUUCCAUCAUACUUCUACUAUGGGAACGCCGCGUCACGCUGGCCGGUAAAACUCGUGAACCGGUGCUCCCGUGGCGGUUCUUUACGAACCGCGUCAUGGUAUCCAUCAUACUUGUGAUGACCCUUGUGGGUGCGCCAAUGAGUGUAACAACUUUUCAGUUACCUCAAAGAUUCCAGCUUGUCAAUGGCCUUUCAAGCCUCGAUGCUGGUUUACGGCUCUUACCAUAUGGUCUCAUGUUCUCAGCUGGCUCGAUGGUUGGCACCACAGUUGCAAGCAAGCUGAAAAUACCGGCGAUAUACAUGUUGUUUGUGGGAUCUGGUUUACAGAUCAUUGGCUAUGCAUUCCUCAGCACUUUAGAUACAACACUGCAAAUCAAUCCUAAGGUAUAUGGUUACCUUAUUCUGUCUGGAUUCGGUUGCGGCAUCACAUUCAUAAUGGCAUAUAUCACAGUUCCUUUUACAGUCACUGAAUUUGAUAAGGCGGUGGGACUAGCGUCUGCAAACCAGUUCAGGACUAUGGGGAGUGCUAUGGGGCUAGCCAUUGCUACGUCUGUCUUCAAUGGUUACACCUUGCCUCGAUUUGCUGGUCUUGGAAUUCAGGACCCUGCUGCCGACCUCAUUACUGGACAGCAGUUUCUACCUGCGGCUUUGCAAGAUGAGGGCCGGCUAAUCCUGUCUGAGGGAUACAAUCGUCAAAUGACGGUUCUUUGUGCGUUUUCAGCGGCACAGAUACCGGCAGCGCUACUGAUGUGGAAGCGAAAACAAAUGGUCAUCGCAUAGAAAAUGAUAUUGCUUAUCUACCUAGGUACAUACCUAGGCAACUAGGUAUGUAAUUUGUAUUCUCAG